AUGGAAUCCAACAUAAGGAUCAACAAUCCUGCAGACAUCUCUGUUAUUGUCAUCUAUUUUUUGGUAGUCCUGGCAGUGGGACUAUGGGCUAUGUAUUCAACCAACCGAGGGACAGUAGGUGGAUUUUUCCUGGCUGGACGAAGCAUGGUUUGGUGGCCGAUUGGUGCUUCUCUGUUUGCCAGUAACAUUGGCAGUGGACAUUUUGUGGGAAUAGCAGGAACAGCAGCAGCUGGAGGAAUUGCCAUCGGAGGAUAUGAAUGGAAUGCUCUUAUACUUGUGGUUGUUCUAGGAUGGCUGUUUGUACCCAUCUACGUCAAAGCUGGGGUGGUGACAAUGCCAGAGUAUCUGAGGAAGCGUUUUGGUGGGAAGCGGAUUCAGGUCUACCUGUCAGUUCUUUCUCUGAUCCUGUAUAUUUUCACAAAGAUCUCAGCAGACAUAUUCUCUGGAGCUGUAUUUAUACAGCUGGCCAUAGGGCUGAAUCUUUAUUUGGCCAUAAUUAUUCUGCUUGCUAUUACUGCUCUUUACACCAUCACAGGUGGUCUUGCAGCUGUGAUUUACACAGACACCUUACAAACAUUUAUCAUGGUAGUGGGAUCCUUUAUUCUCAUGGGAUUUGCAUUUGCUGAAGUAGGAGGGUAUGAUGCUUUCAUGCAGAAGUACAUGGAAGCAAUUCCAUCCAAUGUCUCCUACGGGAAUACUACGAUUAAGGCCGAGUGCUACACUCCUCGGAAGGAUUCCUUUCACAUCUUCCGAGACGCCGUCACUGGAGAUCUGCCAUGGCCAGGACUCAUCUUUGGUUUGAGCAUCCUUGCUUUGUGGUACUGGUGCACAGAUCAGGUUAUUGUCCAGAGAUGUCUCUCUGGCAAGAACAUGUCCCAUGUGAAGGCUGGUUGUAUCAUGUGUGGAUACCUGAAACUCUUGCCCAUGUUUAUUAUAGUGAUGCCUGGAAUGAUCAGCCGAAUUUUGUACACAGAUGUGGUGGCUUGUGUCGUGCCUGAAGUCUGCCAGCAGUACUGUGGCACUGCUGUUGGCUGUACAAAUAUUGCCUACCCAAAAAUGGUAGUGGAGCUUAUGCCAAAUGGUCUGCGGGGACUGAUGUUGUCGGUCAUGUUGGCCUCCCUCAUGAGCUCCCUGACUUCCAUUUUUAACAGUGCGAGUACAUUGUUUACGAUGGACAUUUACACCAAAUUUCGAUCACGACCAUCCGAGAAAGAGCUUAUGUUAGCCGGAAGGGCAUUUAUGUUACUUUUAAUUGGCAUCAGCAUUGCCUGGGUUCCUGUGGUGCAGUCAGCUCAAAGUGGGCAGCUCUUCGAUUAUAUUCAGUCAAUUACCAGCUACCUGGGUCCUCCCAUUGCUGCUGUCUUCCUGCUUGCUAUCUUCUGCAAGCGGGUCAAUGAGCAGGGUGCCUUCUGGGGCCUGAUGGUUGGGCUGCUGGCUGGGCUCAGCAGAAUGAUUGCAGAGUUUGCCUAUGGAACUGGCAACUGUGUGAACCCUUCCAACUGCCCGUUCAUCAUCUGCGGGAUUCACUACCUUUACUUUGCAAUGAUUCUGUUUGGGGUUACCGCCAUCGUCAUCCUGGCAGUCUCCUUCAUGACUAAGCCCAUUCCUGAUGUACACCUUUACCGCUUGUGCUGGUCUUUGCGGAACAGCAAAGAAGAACGUAUUGAUCUUGAUGCAGAUGAGCAGGACAAAGCUGAUGAAAAAGAUGAGGAAUCAGGUAACUUUAAUGAGGAAAGCAAAGAAGAAUCGGGAUGCUUUAGGAAAGCGUACAACUGGUUCUGUGGCUUAGAUCAGCAAAAAGGACCCAAACUGAGCAAGGAGGAAGAGGAAGCAUUGAAGAAGAAACUGACUGACACAAGUGAAGUGCCACUUUGGAGGAACGUCGUGAAUAUCAACGGCAUCAUCCUGUUGACUGUGGCUGUGUUUUGCCAUGCCUUCUUUGCGUAAACCUCUGAUUACAGUUCUGAAAUUGUACUGUGUCGCCAAGCAAAAACUAUGACUUGUAGAUUUACAGAGUUAGAAACACUUAGUAUGUUCAUUGUCUACUUUUGUAAAAAAUCAGAGUGAUUUACUCACUGACUUUGUGAUCAUAAUUUCAACAAUCUAAAGAUGAAGGCCUCUGGGAUUUCAAGAGAGAUAUAUUUUGUUUAGACAUUCAAUCCAGGGCUAGUUGAGGUUCAGAAUUUCCAUCCAAGGUUCUCUCUACUUGUCAUACAUUUUCUAUUUUAGGUGCAGAACAAGGCUGCGUGAGCCACAUUUCAUAUAAGGGUUUGUGAACUACC